AAUAAAAGGUUAUAAAAUUUAUAGGCACCAGCGAGAAAACUUUACCAACUUUGGUAUCUCACAUGGAUAAAAAGUUCUCCGCUAUGGAAGGAAGAUCAGUGGAUAUAUUAUGUGGUGCGGUGGGAAAGUAAGUGUGUAUUCUCAUGCAUUUUGUGUUGAUUGGGUAUUUUUAUAUGAAAAGAAAAGCUAAUCGAUUAAAUGAAGAUUUAUCCUUGUAUCCAUUCUCUAAUUUACUAUAUUUUCAUCUCCGAUCAUGACGAACAAAUAUAAUCGAGAAUCAAAUUUAUAUUGCCGCUACUGAAUGUGUUUACAACAAUAUUGUUUGGUUUUGAUCCACAGAUACCAGAACUGAUAACCGCGCAGGAGCCUUUACACUUUAUGUGAAAUUAUGUUAACGAAACACAUAGAUAGUUUCAUGGAUGCAUCUGGGACUGUCGGGCACUGCUAAGUAGAGGAUUUAUACACAGUUAUUUCAUAAUAAUCCUUCAUUUAAAUACUCACGACAUUACGAUAAGAAAUAUGCAUGUCUUUGUUUCCGGCACUAAGUUCUGUAGACCGUCAUUUUUAAGAAGUCACAUAACCACAAAUAUUUUUAGUCCAACACCUUUGAUAUCCUGGUAUAAAGAUGGAGUAAAAGUUUUGCCUUCAAGUGGCAGUGCUGCAGGCAACAUCAUGAUUUUGUCCGGGAAUAUGCGACUACGAAUUGUGCCGGUUAGAACAACUGACGUCGGAGUAUAUAAAUGUGUGGCAAGAAAUAGCCUGGGUGAAGACUCAAAGGAAGGUGUAUUACUUGUGCAUCGUGAAACGUCGUGGAAAAUAAAACUUCGAAACGUAGUAAAGGUACAGCACAACGAUGUUAUAAUACUGUGGUGCUCAGCCUCGGGUUAUCCAGCGGUUCAGUACUCAUUAUACCAUAACGACACUCUUUUAAAGAGGUAUACCUUGUUUUAAAUGAACUGAAUAUAAAUAGAUAUUUUAAUCUCAAAGAUUUCAGGUGACAAAGAGUGCAUCCUAACUUGACUUCGUGGUUAUGUUUCUACGCUUCAAUUUUUUGUUUGUCUGCUGAUAUUGACGUUCCUAGAAUCUC